AGAGGGCACUGCACCCUCAGGCGCCACGUUCUUUGGAACAGGUCACAGAGGGCACUGCACCCUCAGGCGUCACGUCCUUUGGAACAGGUCAUAGAGGGCACUGCACCCUAAGGCGGAGUAGCAGCUCUGGGCGCUCAGCCGGACUGCGAUCCAGGGCUCUGCGUGGUUCCCCCUGGAGCAGGAGGAAGCAGGGCCGAACUGUAACCAGGAGGAUAAAGGAACAGAAGCCAGGUUGAAUUUAGGACCAGCCAGCGCAACCCACCUGGAAACGCGCAGGCACACUUGGCUGUGUAUCCUGAGGAUUGAGAAUUGUUUUGUGAAAGAAAGACACAAGAACUUUAGCCAACCCAUAAACAAAGCAGGUUUUACUGCUCUCACCAGCUUGGAGGGAAGAUGUGGCUUUUGACAGCUCUUCUCCUUUGGGUUCCAGUUGGUGGGCAAGUGGACUUCACAAAGGCAGUGAUCAUCUUGCAGCCUCCGUAUGUCAAUAUGUUCCGAGAAGAAAAUGUAGCCUUGAGAUGUGAGGGACCCCAGCUGCCUGGGCACAGCUCCGUACAGUGGCUCCUCAAUGGAACAACCAUUCAGAUCUCAAUUGCCAGACACAGCAUCACUGCAGCAAGUUUCAGUGACAGUGGUGAAUACACGUGCCAGAUAGGGCUCUCAGCACCAAGUGAUCCUGUACAACUGGAAAUCCACGCAGCGCUGUUUCCAGCUCCAGUGCUAACCUCAUCCUUCGGCAGAGGAUCCCCACCUCGGCAGAGGAAACUAGCCAAGCUGAGCUGUGAGACAAAGUUGCUCCCACAGAGUUCUGGCGUGCAGCUUUACUUCUCCUUCCACAUGGGCAACAUGACGCUGAGUUCCAGGAAUACAUCCUCUGAGUACCACAAUCUAACUGCUAGAACAAAUGGUUCUGGGUCCUACUGGUGUGAGGCAGCCACAGAAGAUGGAAAUGCCCUUAAGCACAGCCCUGUGUUGGAGCUUGAAGUGCCUGGCCUCCAGUCACAAAUUUCUUUCUGGCUUCACAUCCUUCUCCAUAUGCCAUUGGGCAUAAUGUUUUUGGCAGAUACUAUUCUCUGUUUGAGAAUAUGUAAAGAACUGCCAAGCGAGAUUUAGAAAUCUCUUCAGCUUCUGAUCAUGGCGAAGAAGUAACUUCGGAAAAUCCCGAAGACAUUUAGAAGAAGAGAUGAAGUAUCAGGAACAAGACCCACAGCAAAAAAGGACACAUGAAAGCCCUGGCAGGGGGACAAGCGUUUGCUCAGAGGGUGGCCAUAGAUUUAGGGACAGCCCCUGCCUCUUCUUCACUGUGGUAGUGCUUAGACAUAAAUAUCUGAAAAUUAAAUGUCACUUGCUAAAGCUUAUAACUGUGGGUUCUAUAGCUUAUAACUCUUAAGUAAAGCUGACUUCAGUUGAGACAAAUGUAGAAAUUUGGUAAUGAAAGAUAAUUUAAGA